AUGGCAUCUGUUUUCUGCAACAUCUUUUUGUUCUGCCUUUCACAUUUUUUCUUCGGAGAAUGUGCCGUUCCUCAGGUGACCUACAAAAUGCGAACGUUCAGAACAAAGAUUGAUCAUUUCACGUUCCACAGCAGCGAUACUUUCGUCAUGAGGUACGCAGUCGCAGAUCAGUACUGGGACUUCGACGGCGGACCCAUUUUUUUCUACACGGGAAAUGAAAAUGCAAUUGAAAAUUUUAUCAACCACACUGGCCUAAUGUGGGAGUGGGCCCCCGAAUUCAAGGCUAUGCUCGUUUUUGCCGAACACCGAUUCUACGGAGAGUCCAUGCCAUUUGGAAAUCGUUCAUUGGAGAGCCCGCAUCAUUUAGGUUAUCUGUCAACUGACCAAGUGCUGGCAGAUUACGCGGAUCUGAUUAUCCACCUGAAAGAAUCAGUUCGAGGGGCAUCUGAGAGUCCGGUCAUUUCGUUCGGAGGAUCUUACGGAGGCAUGCUGUCUGCCUGGAUUAGGCUUAGAUACCCGCACCUCGUCUCUGCUUCCUUAGCAAGCAGCGCACCAGUUCACAUGUUCCCGGGGCUCGUGCCGUGCUCGUCACUAAACCGUGUCUUGACCGAAACGUUUCGGAGAGAGUCACCUGUUUGUUCAGCAACAAUCCGAAAGUCCUGGCCAAUCCUUGAGGCCAAGUUUUCAACAGUUGAAGGCCGAAAGUCGAUUCAAGACAAGUUCCACCUUUGCCAAAGUCUCCAGGAGGAGGACUAUGUCACUUUCAGAGACUUCCUGCACGACGUGUACUCCAACAUGGCGCUCGUGAAUUAUGCGGACCCGUCGGUCUUCCUUACACCUCUUCCGGGCUACCCAGUAAAAGAAUCUUGCAAGUUCCUCACUCGGAGCUUCGUGAACGAUGAGGCUAUUGUUGAUGCGGUUUCCCAAGUCGUGAACAUAUUCUUCAACACAACGGGGACGCGCCAGUGCAACGACAUCAACGCCUUUCACGACGUUCUCAACAGCGUCCUGAUCGCCUGGGAUUUCCAGGGCUGCACAGAACUCGUGAUGCCCACGUGCAGCGACGGGCUCACCGACAUGUUCUAUCCGCUCAUCUGGAACGUUACGGAAACGAUUCAAGAUUGUCAGCAGAGAUUCAAUGUCACACCUGACCUCUACAAGGCCGUGAUGACGUACGGUGGCAGGAACAUGGAAUCUGCGUCCAAUAUCAUCUUCAGCAACGGAGAUGCGGAUCCCUGGGCCGGGGUUGGUCUCAUGGAAUCGAUCUCGGACACCGUCGUGGCCAUCGUAAUUCCUGGUGCCGCUCAUCACUACGAUCUCAGAUUUUCCAGCCGGGAAGAACCAUUGGCCGUCAAGGCAGCGAGGAGCCUCGAGAAGAGAUACAUUCGGGACUGGAUAAGAAAACCGAAGCUCGAAGAAGCAAAGGCUCGCGUGCUCGAGAAAGCCACAGAUUCUCAUCGAUUUUUUAAGUAUUUGUUUUAAAGAAAGAGGGAGCGAAACAAAA